AGCUGAGAUGAGUCUUCGCAUAUAGGUUACAUUCUACACUAUCGGUGUAAAGCAGGUCGGAUUUGUUCCUUGCGUGUUGUGUGUGUUUGUGUAGGAGCCGAUGAGUAAAAUACAAUCAUAAUUAUACAAGUUUUAAGUUAACCUGGAGAUACAAAGCCGUUCGCGUCAUCGUUGUGAUUCGUUCUCGUCGCCAAACCGCCAUGUUCAACAACAAAUCAAACAACAACAACAACGAUUCAAAGCAAGUCCAAGGACAAGGCUACCAUGGAUACCCGGCUUACCCGCCCCAGCCACACGGCGGGUUUCCGUCGCACGUAGGAAACCCGCAAUAUGGAGUGGUUGCACCUAAUUACGGCGGGAAUUAUUCUGCUCCGAUAAUAAACCAGCCGACGGUGCAGUCGACAAAUGUGGCUGUUAAUAUCGGUGGUACGUCUUACCAAAGGCCCUGGUCCACCCAACUGUGCGGCUGUAUGGAGGAUGUGGGCGGAUGUUGUUGCGCUUUGUGCUUCUUCCCUUGCUUCGUGAUGACCCUGGCAACGCGCAUGCAGGAAUUCUGCUUUCUUCCUUUUUGCGUGCCCAACGCUCUCCUACCCAUGAGGGUAAAGAUAAGGGCCGAGAACGAUAUCGAAGGCUCAAUCUGCAAGGACUGCUACUGCACGUACUGCUGCGCUAUGCUGACGGCGUGCCAGAUGAAGAGAGAGCUGGACAACAUUGACAAGAAGAUUCCCGCAACCCAGCUUUGAGCAUUACCGCGCGAUGAACUCUUGGGAAAUGUUCCUAUAUGAAUUUUUGAAAAUACAGUUCAAUAAACGGUUUGAAACAUCUCUCUAUGAAAUGUGGGAAAAGCGAUCAAUGAACUCUGUGAAUAUCCCGCAAUAAGUUAUAGGAAAAUCGCGAAAUGAAAACUGUAAAAUACCGCUAAAUGAAAUCUAUGAAAUAUCGAUUUGUGAACUGUGUAAAAUAUACAGCUACGAAAUCAUUGACCUUCACACAACGGGAAAUGGGAAACACUGUGCAAUAACCUCUGGCAAAUAUUGCGCCAUCACCUUUAGGAUAUAUUGUUCAAUUAGCUAAAGGAAAUAUCGCGCAGUGAAAUAUUGGAAAGAAGUGUGCAAUGAUGUCUGAGAAAUACCGCGCAAUGAUGUCUGGGAAAUACCGCGCUAUGAUUAUGUUUUGUCUGCAUGAAAAGUAUACGUUUGCAUUGUAUAAAUUCUUACACAUACGAUACUCUGCAUAAUGGCUUAAAGUAUUAUUUGUAUUUCUACAAUUAUAUUUAUAUAUUAAAGUUCAGUUGUGU